GACAUCGUGUGUUACCGCUGCACUGGCAGUGAAGCUUUCUUGAUAGAUAACGUGCAGAAUGAAUUUGAAAACGGAUAUGAGUUGAUAAGUGAUAAUAAACAGAGGGAGUGUGUUGUAGUGAUACUUGCAGCUGUAUUAUGUGGUAAGUAUAUAUCGGAUGGGAAUUGGGAUCGAUUAGGUGCAAUAAUGAGUCUGGAUGAAGUGGAUUACUUGAAAGAACGGUAUGAUUCAUUGGAAGAAAGCGACAAAAGUAAACUGCGAUUCUCGUUCGACGAUGUCAUUUGUACAUUCUUACAUUCGACUUUCAUCACUGGAAAACGAAUUUUUCGAGGUGAAUUUGGUUUUUCCCCAAAGUUAAAUCCGUUUCAAACUUUAACUUUCUUUAGAUAUUCUCAUUUAUCAACAUUUGAUGUCGAUAUAUAUCAAUGUUUUGAUUAUUAG